UUGCUCGCUCCAUUCUUGAUAAGUGCAACGUUUUACAUUGUAGCGCGCAAUUUACGUAUGUAAAUUAUGACAGAGAUUUACAUAUAUCUAACAUGUUGUAUAUCUGGAUCGUAAUCAGUAGUGCGUUCAGUUGUAAAUAUUUAUACGAACGGACCGAAGAAGCGCUCUAAACGCGAUUUCAUAAGAGGAUCGAAGCAUCUCGGUUCAAACUGAAUAGCUCUGAAGGUGGCCAGAUCAUUGGUACAUCUAUUUUGGAAUUUAAACAAAUCGACGUUAUGGAAGAGCCUCUAAGUGUUAAGAGUAACAAGACGAACAUUUCGAUUAACAAGCGUUUGUUUUAUUUCUUAAUUUUCCUAGUUAUAGCUGUGCCCGUGAUAGUGGGUGUUGUCGUCUGGAAACUUACUGACAAUGCAUGUACAGGCUCUCAAAAUGGGAGCCACGGAGAAGGAAUGCCGAUUUUAGGUGGAACUACUUCAGGACCAGACGUGACGUCAUCGAAUCCGCCUGACGUUGUCAUUCAAGAACCAUGGAAAAAUCUACGACUUCCGAAGCAUGUGAAACCGAUACAUUACGACAUCACCUUAUAUCCGGACUUUUACAACAACAAUGGAUGGUUUUACGGAAACGAAACAGUCGAGUUAAACGUUACACAGGCAACAAACGUUAUUCUUAUUCAUACGAAUUACAUGAAUGUUACUCGUACCACGCUGCAAAAGGCGGACGGCGCCAGUAUAGCGAUUUCCCGCACAUUUUGGUACCCGGCUAAUCAGUUUUGGGUUGUUCAAACGAUGGAACCGAUGCACGUGGGAAUCGUGCUGCUGCGGCUGCAGUUCGACGGGUCGCUCACACGGGCUAUUGUCGGCUUUUAUAAAAGCACGUAUAAAAUUGGCACGGAAGAAAGGCACUUGGCGUCCUCGAAGUUCCAACCCGUGGAUGCCCGGCGUGCCUUCCCCUGCAUGGAUGAGCCCAAUAUCAAGGCAGAGUACACAGUGACCCUCGUGCAUCGACCAGGCUACAUUGCGCUAUCAAACAUGCCGGAAACGAAAACGGUGCCCUGGCUCCACGACACCAGUCUCCAUGCGACGCACUUUAACCGCUCCGUUCCCAUGUCGACCUAUCUCGUCUGCUUCGUUGUCUGCGACUUUGCGAAUAUCACCGAUGUGACACAGUACGGGACGACGAUCCGCGUGUUCGCUACGCCUGAUAAGCGUAGCCAGGCGGAGUACGCGCUCAAAGUCAUGAAGAAGUCCAUGGAGCGGUUCCAGCAGCUCUUCAACGUGCCUUUUCCGCUCCCAAAGAACGACAUGAUAGCGAUCCCUAACUUCGUGUCUGGAGCCAUGGAGCAUUGGGGGUUGAUCACGUACCGAGAGGUGAAUAUGUUAUAUGACGAGAAGGAAGCGUCCGCAGCCAACAAACAGAGGGUCGCCGUAGUGGUCGCACAUGAAAUCGCGCAUAUGUGGUUUGGAAACAUAGUCACUAUGGACUGGUGGGAUGAUCUGUGGCUGAACGAGGGCUUUGCAAGCUUUGUGGAAUACCUCGGGGUCGAUGUCACAGAACCGGAGUGGGAAAUGAUGGAUCAGAUGAUAGUCGAUGACGUCAAGCCUGUGAUGGUGACGGACGCCGGCGUUAACUCGCACCCUAUCGUCGUAGACGUCAGUCAUCCCGAUCAGAUCAACGAGGUCUUUGACGCCAUCUCGUAUAGCAAGGGCGCGGCUAUUCUUCGUAUGCUGCAGGAGGUACUGGGCAGUGAGCGGUUCUUCCGGGCCAUCUCGGACUAUCUGGUCAAGUACAAGUGGGCCACGGCCACCACUGACGACCUGUGGGCGGAAAUGGGACAGGUUAAUGAUGGCUAUACCGUAAAAGACGUCAUGGAUACGUGGACGUUACAAAUGGGACUUCCUUUUGUCAACCUGACCUUCAGUCCCAUCCCGGGGGGUCAGGGCUCGGUUGUCACUGCAACUCAGCACCGUUUCCUCGCUGACCGCACUCUUGCUUCUAAUGAAUCCGAGUCAAAAUUCCGCUACCGAUGGUACAUUCAUCUCGACUUCAUGGAGGGAACUAUGAAAAAGGCCAAAUGGAUCACAAAGGACGUUACUUCCGUUACGUUUAACCUGACAACCGGAAGUUACGUCAAGUUCAACGUGAAUGACACGGGUUUCUACCGCGUGAACUACCCGAAUGACGUUUGGCUUACCUUUGCCGGCAACCUUGAUCAAAACGGUCCGAAUGCGGUACCAUUUCCGGCCGAUAGGACCGGCCUAAUUGAUGACGCGUUUAACCUUGCGCGUGGCGGGUACCUAAACUAUGACGUCGCCCUUUCAAUGAUGUCAUACUUGAACAAGGAAUUCCACCACCUCCCCUGGGACUCCGCCUAUGAGGGCAUCACGUACAUCAAACACAUGUUCGCGAACAGUCCACACUUUGAUCUACUCAGGCGUUACGUUGUCAUGAAGACAAGCCCCGUGUUGAAUCGUAUUGGCUGGGAGGGAGCGACGUCAUCACACUUGGACAAGCUGUUGAGAUCCAACAUCAUAGAGCUAGCGUGCGAGUUCGGGGACACACUAUGCAUGGACAACGCAACCUCCAAAUUCCGCUCUUGGCUGGACAAUGGAACUGUCGUCUCGCCGGAUAUUCGGACGUACGUGUACAAGUACGGGAUGUACGGUGGCGGCUCUCAGUCGGACUGGGACCGGAUGUGGAGGCGAUACGAGACCAAUGAUGUACCGCAGGAACGCGUCAAACUGCUCUAUGGCAUGGCGCAUGCGCGGGAAGUCUGGCUGCUCAACAGGUACCUCGAGUACAGCAAACACGAAUCGUUGAUACUGUCUCAGGACUUUUUCACUGUCGUCACGUACGUCGCCGGCAAUCCCGUCGGCAAUAACGUGGCCUGGACGUGGGUGCGCGCGAACUGGGAAUACCUUGUGGACAGGUUUACCACGGGGUCAAGAUCACUGGGUAGACUGGUUCCAAGCAUUGUCAGUAAUUUCAACACACGCUUCAAGUUACAGGAGGUUAAAGAAUUCUUCGCCAAGUACCCGGAUGGUGGUGCCGGGUCACGUGGUCGCGAGCAAGCGCUGGAGAGCAUCCUGCGUAAUAUUGACUGGAUGGAUCGAAAUGCCGACCGUGUCGCCGACUGGUUGCGAAAGAAGGUCUACAUGAAAAUCAUUUAAAACAAACUAACAAGCAAUUUUAUACCUCAACCUCCCACCCAUGUUUGUGGCCUAUACCAUCUUUAAUAAUUUGACGGCAGAAGUUUUAAAUAUAAAAUAACGUUUUGUUUUGAAAGGUUGAACAAUUAGAAUGUCUUAACAUUUGAAGAUUUUUUUCCUCUGGGUUGAUAUGGGUUGUGGAUUGAAGACUGAUUUUCAGAUUGCAUUGUGUUUGUCUAUAACGAUGCCAGAAAUUAUUCAGAUUGUUAAUUUUGUUUUAUUCUUUUUUAUACUGGUUUUUGUUUUGCUCUCUAAGCAUAUUACUUCAAUUGAGCUAUAUUGUGGUCUGUCUAUGUCCGGGGUCAGGAGUAUCGUGUGUCGUUUGAUGGCAUGUGUGCCUAAAAUUAUUUUAUUAAUUCAUUUUUUUUAAACCUUUCUCAUCACAUUUUAGCUCGUAACCAUUCUCGAGGACACAUGUUUUGCUCAAUCUUAAACGAAUCUUGUUAAAAAUGUUUAUCUUGAAAUAGUUAAGCUUUGUCCGAAUCUAGGUCAAGUGGGGUCAAAACUAGUUUUAGAAAAUUCCACUUAAGAAAAAAAUGUAUGAUCUGAGUAACAUACAUUUUACCACUAUGUCACUAGUACAAAUCUAAGAAAAACCUUGUUUUAAAUCUAGACGCCAUCUGUAUAACUCAAUCGCGAAGAAACUUAUCAGAAUGUUUAUUUUUAACACGAAUUAGGUCAAGUUGGAAUAUUGGUAAAGUGCGGUUGAAACUAAGUCAUCGUAGAAUAUUGAGAAAAAAAUCAGAACAAUAAAUCUUUAUUUAUAUUAUUUCUUACCUAAAUUUAGUUCAUCUUUGGCUUUAUUGGUCGAGCCUGCAUGUGACUAGUUAGGAAACCAAUGUUUGUCAAGUAAGCGAUAAAAGGCCUUAAUGGUGCACUUGGUAUAAUGCGUGUUUUAAGAAAUCAAAUUUUGCAUUUUUUAUAUUUUAAUCAGAGUGCGUGACAUACAACUGAUCGUACUACACACUGCGAAUAAAUGGGUGAACAUAAUCUCUUAUGGGUUUUAAAUUUGAAAAGUAUAUUAAAGAGUAUUUAAUAGCGUUGUAAACCGCGUUACUAUUGGCAAGUAUGGCAAUAAUUGUUUUUUGAAAAUGCUGAUCAAGAUUUACUUUGUCACCUGAAGUCGGGUUUUUACAUUAAUACAUUUAGUUCUGGUCAAUAACAUCUGCCCAACAUAAAGGUAGAUGUGAUCGUUAAAGUUGUUCCUAUGUACAGUCGUUAAUUUCCCGUAAAUGUAUUGAUUUUAACUAUAAGAAAUCUUCCAAAACGUUGCAUCAUCAUUUCUAUAUAUAUAGUAUAUAUUUUGCAAAAAUGAAAAAAUAACCUUUAAUACGCGAAAACGUUUGUGGCAGAUGCGAUGUAGUCAGCUUUAUGCGUUACUAUCGCGAAUUGAAUAAGUAUUUGUUAGUCUUGUUGUUUCGUUUGUUGUUCCAGUACAUGCAUACGUAAUCGAAUAUGUUUCAUAAAUACUUGACGCAAAUAAAAUGGUUAUGUUAUAAAAUAUUAUGUAGAGAAGAUGAUUAUAUUAAUAUUUUACGAAGCCGUGUAUUUUCUAAAUGAAAAUGUGCUAUGGAAACGUAAAAGUGUAUAUCUGGAUUUCCGAAUACCGGAUGGAUAUCCGAUUUCUGCAACAAUUUGUGUAACUAUUAAUUGGAAUGUUCUUUAGCUUUCGUUAUGUUUUACUUUUUCCAAACAAAUAAUCAUGACGUUAACAUCAGUUUGUUUCUGAUUUGAACAUGACACGAGCGUUUCUGGGCUUCAGUUCUCACGCCCUUGUGUGUACAUUUGAUAUAUGUAGUCGAAAAACACACGGUGAACACACAAUAAAUCCGUAGCCUUAGGUAUAAUUUUGUCAUCAUGAUUAUACACAAAGCAAUCAGUUGUUACAGAAUGACAUAGACAUUAUUAAAAAUAACUGUAUAUACCAGCUGCCAGUAUUUACCGUAGAACUUAACUUAAUAGAAAUUUCUUGGACAAUGUAAGGAACAAAUAAAUUGCUCGAGUUGAGUGUGUGUUAUUUUGUUUCUGCCUUCACGGAAGAGUACUUUCCUUUAUCCAUUCUGUGUCAAUAAAAGUAUCGUUUAUCUG